AGACUGAUGGCCAACGGUCCGUGGGCGUGACGUCUGAGGCUGAGACUAGCAGGCUGCUGACUAGCACCUUGACACUGUUUCUCAACUCCCGUCCCCAGCCUGUGGCAUUGAGGCUGUCCUUGGCAAUAAUGCUUAAAAAUGCACCACCUUCCCAGUCCCCUCCACCAUCUAUGAAAACUCAUCACAUCACAGAACGGUUUCUUCACAGUGGCAAAAUACAAAGUGUUAGCAGAAGUGAAGUGGUACUGGUGGCAGUUGCCAUGACUCUGUCAGGAGAUGUGUGUGUUGUGACGGGAGCAUGCGGGUUUCUAGGAAAAAAGCUGGUCAGACUGUUGCUGGAAGAGGAGAAGCUUGCUGAGAUCCGACUGCUGGAUAGAAACAUCCAGUCUGAGCUAAUACAGUCUUUUGAUGAUUGCAAGGGAAAGACUAAAGUGAGUGUUUUUGAGGGGGAUAUCAGGGACCAUGAGCUACUGAGAAGAGCCUGUAAAGGAGCAACACUUGUUAUCCACACUGCAUCACUCAUUGAUGUCAUUGGAGCAACUGAAUACAGUGAAUUAUAUGGAGUAAAUGUUAAAGGAACACAGGUGCUGCUCGAGACCUGCAUCCAAGAAAAUGUGGCUUCCUUAAUUUACACUAGCAGCAUUGAGGUGGCAGGUCCCAAUCCCCGCGGUGAUCCAAUCAUUAAUGGCAAUGAGGACACCCCUUACUCCUCCAGUCUUAAGUUUAACUAUAGUAAAACCAAGCAGGAAGCUGAACAGAUUUGCCUUCAGGCCAAUGGAGAGCUGCUCCGUAAUGGAGGUCAUCUGGCUACUUGUGCAUUGAGGCCCAUGUACAUCUAUGGACCAGGCUGUAGAUUUACUUUAGGCCACAUGAGGGAUGGAAUCCGCAAUGGAAAUGUGCUGCUGAGAAUGUCUCGACGUGAGGCAAAAGUGAAUCCUGUAUAUGUGGGAAACGCAGCCCUGGCACAUCUACAAGCAGGUCGGGCUCUCAAAGAUUCUCAGAAAAGGGCUGUGAUGGGUGGAAACUUCUAUUACAUCUCAGACGACACGCCACCUGUUAGCUACUCAGACUUUAACUAUGCUGUUCUUUCACCAUUAGGCUUGGGACAAGAGAGGCCCUUUCUGCCCUUCCCACUUCUGUAUCUCCUGUCAUUCCUCAUGGAAUUACUGCACGUUGUACUCCGACCUUUCCUGAAGUUCACUCCUCCCUUAAACAGGCAGCUACUGACCAUGUUAAACACACCCUUUAGUUUCUCAUAUCAAAAGGCUCAUAGAGAUUUUGGAUACAGCCCUCGCUAUGACUGGGACGAGGCACGUAAGCGCACUAGCAAUUGGUUAGCAUCUGUCUUACCUGCAGAGAGACAACGAAUUAACUUGAAAUAAAUUAAAAUCAUGUUUAUCAAUACCGUGCUACCUGUAUAAUCUAAGCAGCCAUAUUCUGCCUGAUGUUUUACAGUAAACUUUCCUUCUAAUUAGAUCCACAGUAGUCAAAAAAAUAAAAUAAAAUUGCUGUCUUAUGUUUUGAAUAAUGCAUGUUUGACAGUACAAAUAUAAAAUAAAUAAAAAUAAAAAAACCUUGGAAAUUACUGUAUAUUAUGUUUACACUUAUGUCACAAAUAGAAAUACAUAUCCAUAUAAAUGAAAAAAAAUAGUAAGUAUUAAUAAUAAAAAGUACUAAAAACUUAUUUUAUUACAAAAAAAUUAUUUCAGAAAUGAAGACAAACCAAGAAUCAAUUACAUUUAGGCACUACUUAAUGAAUUUAGAAAGGCUUGUAAAUAAACGACUGUAUAUUAAGGUAAUUUGUGGGCCUGCCUGUUUGAGUCUGUACAUUAUUACACUUGACUGUUGUUGUUGUUUUAGUGCUGAGGAUUUUCCAGUGACCCGUAUUGCAUGUUACAUUGUUAUGCCAAUAAAUGGCAACGAGUCUUUAUUCAUUUACUAACAUACAGAGAACAAGUCAUUUUGAGGAAACCUGCUAAGUUUCAUGAAUAUCUGAUGCUCAUAAGGCUACCAGUAAUUUCUAAACUAUCUGCCAUAUUAACUGAAAAAACGCAGUAAUACUAAUGUUGUUCAGAGUAUAAGGAAAUCUAAUCUAAUCAUUUUUAAUCAGUUAGAAUGAUAUUGCAUUGAACCAGCUUAUUUGUAGGAUUAUGGUGCGCUGAUAAUAUAUGUAGUAGACAUGAAAUAGGUAAUAUGUUUGCUUAUGUCAUGUGAUCAUGGUGAAAUGUCAGAAAUAUCAAUCUGUGCAGUAAAAGAAAUGUAGUAAGUACU